AUGCAGACCCAAACUCAGACCCAGCCCGCUGGCAAUGCCUUCCAGUACGAAAUCAGGGACAUCAGCCUUGCUGAGUUCGGUCGCAAGGAGAUCAACCUCGCUGAGCACGAGAUGCCCGGUCUCAUGCAGACGCGCGAGAAGUACGGCGCUGAGCAGCCCCUCAAGGGAGUCAGGCUCGCCGGUUCGCUCCACAUGACCAUCCAGACCGCCGUCCUCAUCGAGACCCUCCAGGCCCUCGGUGCCAACGUCCGUUGGUGCUCGUGCAACAUCUUCUCGACCCAGGACCACGCCGCCGCCGCCAUCGUGGCCGCCGGUACCCCCGUCUUCGCCUGGAAGGGUGAGACCCUCGAGGAGUACUGGGAGUGCACCUGGAAGACCCUCCUCUUCCCCGACGACAUGGGUCCCCAGCUCAUCGUCGACGAUGGUGGUGAUGCCACCCUCAUGGUCCACCGCGGUUUCUACGCUGAGGACAACCCCUCCAUUCUUGAUGACGACGAGGGUUCUGAGGAGCUCGCCAUCGUCAACAAGCUCCUGAAGCGCAUCCAGAAGGAGAAGCCCGGUUACUGGCACAAGAUCGUCCCCGAGCUCAAGGGUGUCUCGGAGGAGACCACCACCGGUGUCCACCGUCUCUACGAGAUGAUGAAGGAGGGCAAGCUCCUUUUCCCCGCCCUCAACGUCAACGACUCCGUGACCAAGUCCAAGUUCGACAACGUCUACGGUUGCCGUCACUCGCUCGUCGACGCCAUCAUGCGCGCCACCGACGUGAUGCUCUCCGGCAAGGUCGCCUGCGUGCUCGGCUACGGUGACGUCGGCAAGGGUUCCGCUGAGUCCCUCAAGGGCCAGGGUGCUCGCGUCGUCGUGACUGAGGUCGAUCCCAUCUGCGCCCUCCAGGCCUGCAUGGCUGGCUAUGAGGUGGUCCGCAUUGAGGACGUGCUCGACAAGGCCGAGAUCUUCGUCACCACCACCGGCAACUGCGAUAUCAUCCGCAUUGAGCACAUGGAGAAGAUGCGCCACAACGCCAUCGUGUGCAACAUCGGUCACUUCGACAAUGAGAUCCAGGUGAAGGCCCUCAAGGAGUUCCCCGGUAUCAAGAGGAUCGAGAUCAAGCCUCAGGUCGACCAGUUCGUCUUCCCCGACGGCCAUGCCAUCGUCCUCCUCGCUGAGGGCCGCCUCGUCAACUUGGGCUGCGCCACCGGCCACCCUUCGUUCGUGAUGUCGAACUCGUUCACCAACCAGACCCUUGCUCAGAUCUCCCUCUGGAAGGAGAAGUACGAGCUGGGCGUGUACACGCUCCCCAAGAAGCUCGACGAGGAAGUCGCUCGCCUCCACCUCGAGAAGCUCGGCGCCAAGCUCACCGUCCUCACCGACAAGCAGGCCAAGUACCUCGGCAUCGCCAAGGACGGACCCUACAAGCCCGACCACUACCGCUACUAA